ACACUCUUUUCUUCAUUCCCUCGUAAUCACUCAUUCCAUUCCACCUCUAUUCCUGCAUACCAAACACUACCUAAUAGUUUAAAUAUGUGUGUGCAUAUAAUCGACCAUACCAUAACACACUCAGGAAGUGGUGUCCUGAGCAUACAACAAUCUUCCUUCUUCCUCAGGAAGCUUUUCUCCUGAGCACAACCUCUACUUAACUCCUGCUCUCUCUCUCUCUCUCUCAUUAAUGGCGCACAUACUCAAAGUUGCUGAACUCCGAGAGGAACUCUCGAAACGAGGCCUCACCACUACUGGGAUCAAAGCCACACUGGUGAAAAGGCUUGAAUCCGCUAUUCAUACCGAUAUAAAUGAUAGGUUACAAAAGAGAGCCAAGGAAGAAUCUGAAGAUGAAGAUGGGGAUUUUGCUACGAAAAUUAUGGCCGUUGAUGAUUUAAGGAGUUUGAGUGUGAAGCAGUUGCGUGAAGAAGCGUCUCUUCGUGGUGUUUCGACUGGUGGAUCGAAGAAACAGCUGUUAGAGAAGCUGUGUGAAUGUUCACAAAGGAAGAAUCCGGAUGUUGUUGAAGGUAGUUUCUUUAUUUGCUUUCUUGUUGAACAAAUCGAAUGUAUUGAAUCAGUUUGACAAAGAAAAAGAAGAUGCUAUCUUUUAUUUUGUUUAA